AUGACCAGUCAAAUGUCGAGUCCACAACUGCUGCGAUCUCACUCCAGCAACGAUGAGAUCCCCACUCGAAGUAGACGUAACACCGUUCUUUCCACGUCUUUCAUUCCAACCCGCAAGUUUGAAGAGCAACCCGCAUCUCCCAUGAGCCCAUUGGAAACCCGGAGAACCAGAAGUGGUACGGUAAAGACUAUAAGUACCCUCAAGCACGACAUUCACCAUGUUCAACAGGAUCUCGUCCGUCUACGGAAGUCGAAAGAAGACGCCGAGAAACGCCGCGAGUCGGCGACGGUGGACAUAUACCCCGGAAAUUACUCACAGGAACAUUUACAUCGGCAUUCCAUGGUUCUCCAAACCAAAGACGAAGUCCGGAAACUCGACCAGCAGAUCAAGAAAAACGGCGACUUACUGAGUACGCUUCGGGGUCGCUUAGACAGUACCAGCUCUGCUGCUACUGAAGAUAUAGGGAAAACAGAUGUCUUUGCACAUUCUCAAUUUCUUGGAAACGUGUCAGAAAGACCUUCCGAAAGCGCUUUGAUGAACGAUAGUGCCACGGAAGACGAUGCGGAUCAACUAAUGUCACCACCGGUCUCAGAGAGCGACAGUGUGUCAAUCGACGCAUUUGAUGACGUGCCAAGUACGGAUAUAGAAGCUGUCACUUCGCAGCCCUCGGGUCGCAUAGCGGCAACAGGCAAUGAGCAUGCCACUUGGCUUGUGGGUGACUACCUCCAGAGUCUUCAGGAUAAAAACACACCCAAAGACGUGAUAGUUGUCAAGGCCAAUGACUUGGUUACGCUGUUGAAGCAAAAUCCUAGGAUAAAAUAUGAUCUUGUUUUACCUGCUUUUUCGCACUCCAUACAAGAGCUGUUGCUUAGCGAGGAUGAAGUGACCGUGGCCGCAGGGUACAGAAUAUGUCGAUUUCUUAUUACAGGACCCGAAUUCAUUCAGAAAUUGCGCAAACUACAUUUGGAGUCAUUUUUGAUUAUUUCUUUAGCCAAGAAUAGCCCGUCUCUUAUAGAAAAGGUCCAGGCAAUGAAGCUCAUACGCGCCUUCGCAGAGUGCGAUGCCAGUGUUACCACCGGCCUUAUACAGGCCGUAGUAAGUUGCAUCGAAAAAAGUGAUGACCAGCUGAUGGAAAUAGCCACCGAAACACUAUUGGAGCUCUGCUAUAUCAAACCUGCCAUUGUUCAGCGAUGCAAAGGGAUGCAAGUAUUGCAGUUCAUCAUAGCAGAGAACCCAAUGUCUUCAUUUUCUCCUUUUCUUUUGGAUUCCAUCUUAGACUUGAUGAGUUUCCGAGAGACAAGGCAGCAUUUCUUUGAGUCUUUUGACCCCUCGGUAACCUUAGCAACCCUAGCGGACAGCCAAAUGAAAGCAAAUUCGAGCGUCGAGAGACUUCAAGCUAGUAUUGUGCUGAUUUGCAAAUGUUUGAAAAACUACAAUGGGCUGAUUUUGUUUUCUCAAGAUAAUUUCAGGCCGUUUAAAGAACUCCUUGCAUUCAUCCAGUCCCCGUCACUUUCCAGCUACCUGGUUGACUUGUUUUUAGAUGUUUUGCGAAUAAAGCCACUAUCAUACCCGGAAAAGAAGAAGGCCUCUCAUCUGUACAAAAUAACCGGUUCUCAAUUCCAGUCUGAGGUCACACCUGUCAAUCAGUACCUGGGUCUGCUGAGCAGCAUAUUGUUUGAACUACAGUUCAUCGAUCACUUGGUUCCGAUUUUGAGUCGAGAUUCAGGCACCGCAAAGGAUACAAAACUGUCUGCAAAGACCAGAUAUCUCAUGACUGAAUAUUGUAAUAUAUCAAUAAACGUUGCGGACUUGAGACCGCGCGCUUCUGUCAAUUUGCUUUUCCCGGAGCACUCAGCACUUCAAAAUGUUUUCUCCCAAGUUUUUCAGUAUGAAAAGGUGACGAACAGAUUGAACAAGAAUAGAAACACGAUUGGUAUGACAGAGCUAGCACCGAGCAAUAACAUAGUAAAAUUCUCGGAGCGAUCUAAACAUGAUGCAUUAGUGAGUCAGGUAGAUGAGAUCAGGUUCAAAAGAAUGGUAUUUGAUACUAGAAUUUUGCAAACAAAGGACUUUUCCUUAUGGAACUGGGGUACACUCCUAGACUUGAUUGAGGGUCCCUUGCUUAGCCCGAAGAGGCUGGAAGACCUUGCAAAAACCACUAAGUUUUUCCGUCGACUACUGGUUUUUUACCGGCCAAUGAGAUAUCGCUUUGCGGGAAUCUCCCGCAACUCACGCCUAGCGACAAGGUGUGUUCAUGUAGGGCGCGAAUUAAUGAAGACACUAACUUCAACUGCAGAAGGGAUGCGCAUUUUAAAUGAUGACACCAAACUUCUCCCUCAAAUAGCCUCAUUGCUAUUCAAAGCCAUGGAGGGCCAAACGCUGGGAAACGUAUUUUCAGAAAAACACCUGGCGCAAACAAUAUCCAGUGGUUAUUUCAGCAUCAUAGGAGCGCUUACUCAAACCAUAAGAGGAUGCAAAAUGCUUGAGAAAUGGAAUCUUUUUACAGUCAUCUAUAAAAUGUUUCAAAAGACUUCCAGCCUCGCCACUUCUUAUCUCAUUCGAAUUCUACCCGAGUUGGACGUAACUCAUUCAUACCACACAAGAACAAUAUUGAGCAAAGCACUAGCGCAUCCAAUGGAAGAGGUCCGCGUCAUGUCUACAAAUCUACUGGGAACAAGGUUGCAAGAAUCUGUCAAGCAGGCCAAAAGCGGUCCAAAAUCAAUCGAGCUGGAAAAGCUUUUGUUGGAACUGGUUGUUAGGCAACUAUAUGAUCUUUCACCAACAGUGGUUGCCGCAGCAGACAAAAUUCUAUACGGGUACUGCGCACUACAAGACUGGCCACCUAACGUCGAUACCCCGCGGCAUCAUUUACUAAAUCAACUUGUUUUCAUACGCUCCCCGAUUUUGCUAGAGUUCUUGAAAACGCCUCCUGGGUUUGAGCAGUUAAACAGUAUUGGGUUCAUUGAAGCGGAGCGUGAAAAAUGGCUGAAGGGUAAGAACAAGGAAUACGUUUGGAGGGUCGAGGAGUUUAUACGAAAGGAAAUGCUGAACCCAUUGAGCAACGCUUCCGAGGUUCCUACGUCCAAAAGAAGACUGCCAAUGCACUUCUUUCAGAGUCUUGCUAGCACCGAAGAAGGUGCUGCACUGAUUACGCAGAAGGGUGAUUUUGUUGAUGUCGUCAACACCAUUAAACAAUACAGAUACAAGGGUUGUCCUGAUCCAACGGUUGAAGAACAUUUGGAAUUGAAGGCCGCACUAUGGUGCUGUGGCUACAUAGGCUCAACCGUCUACGGAGUCGAAUUACUGGAGGCAUAUUCUAUUACUACCGAUAUUGCAAAAAUCAGCUUUGCGGCUUCCUCAACUUCAACCAAAUUUACAGCUUUUUAUGUGCUUGGACUAAUCGCCAACACUGACGAGGGAUGUGAAAUCCUCGAUGAGCUGGGUUGGAACUGCACUCUAGACGUGUUAAAAAUGCCUUUAGCAUUGGCGUUCCCUAAAGACAUCCGACAGUUUCUCAAAUUCCCGGAGUUCCAAGAGCGGCGGGUUACCUUCCAGGGUCCAGGCGAUCCAGGAACUCCGGAUAGGUCAUCGGCGCUGGAGCCAGUAUCAAUGGAUUUGGACAAGCUUCUUCAAAGCAAAGCCGAAUUGGAGAAUACAAUGGGAGACGAAAAGGAGGAAGUGCAGGCUGAAGUGGACCGCCAGGCUCGCAAUUUAGAGAUGUUCAGAUCACAGGUUAAGGAAACGACGGGUGACGAACUUGCCGAUAAAAUUAUGAGAGCCGUAAGCAAGCUGAAUAACCACAUUCUGUCGAAUGCAGCCGCGAAGGAAAUUACCGAGCUGCUGUCAAUGUAUGGGCCUGCCCGUUUUGAGACCGGUGAAAUAUUUCUGCGGGUACUGGCCCUCAUGGAGCAGUAUCGAUUCAAACCACAAGUUCGAAAAUUUUUGUGCGAGACUCUGGUUAGCAAGAAGAUGCUGGAAGCCAUUAUCAAAAGGGAACGAAAGAAGUCCAGAAGGAAAGAUGUGGGUUAG